AUGAAAGUCUCAGUUUUUGCAGCAGUCGUAGUUAUCGCUUCUUGCUCCAUGUCGCUCCCAGUAAGCAGCACUGACAGCGUCAGAAAAGCGCAAGCUAGAGCCAUGAGUUCUGUCGAAGCCAGAACGUACAACCAAGAUGCCAUGGACGCAUUCUCAAGACUGGCACCACCCCCUUCGAUGGAGUACCCGAUCGCCCCUGACGCUGAUGCUCCUAAUGCUCCGAGUGCUUAG